AUGAGUAUCGGUGGCAGCGACCUCGAUCGAGCCAUUACACAGCUUCGCGCAUGCCGCCCGAUACCAGAAAACCAAGUUCGCGAACUAUGCUACAAAGCCCGAGAGUUGUUGAUAGAAGAGGGCAACGUGGUUGGGGUUGAUGCGCCAGUGACCAUAUGCGGUGACAUACACGGCCAAUUUCAUGAUCUGAUGGAAUUGUUCAGAGUAGGCGGCGAUGUGCCUGACACAAACUAUCUUUUCAUGGGUGACUUCGUCGACAGAGGUUUCUACUCUCUCGAAUCUUUUCUCCUAUUACUUUGCCUCAAAGUUCGCUAUCCCGAUCGAAUCACACUUAUCCGCGGGAACCACGAGUCGAGACAGAUCACAACAGUAUAUGGCUUUUACGACGAGUGCUUGCGGAAAUACGGCAGUGCAAAUGUCUGGCGGUAUUGCUGCGAGGUGUUCGAUUACCUAGCCCUUGGAGCUCUCGUCACCGGUGCUGCCACCACGCUCGACCCGACCGACGGCCCCAUCGCAGACAACGUCAACUGCGAUCUACCUGAUCCCGAACUGGACAUCGAGAUAGAAACUCUCAACGCCAAUGGGGAAAUCAUGUUCCGCUAUGCACGUAACGGAGACUCACAGUCAAGCGCCGCAUCCCAGGCCAACUCCAAUCCAGCCUCUUCCUCUCCGAUAGGCCCAACACCAUCGCGGUCGGGCGCCGCCGGCACGGGCGCCACCUCGUCUGCCAACGGUUCGACGCGCAACGACACUGGCGCUAUUCUCUGCGUACAUGGUGGUCUGUCACCGUUGAUCGACUCUAUCGACAAGAUCAGGCUGCUCGACCGGAAACAAGAAGUACCACACGAGGGAGCCAUGUGCGACUUGCUCUGGUCUGACCCGGACGAGAUCGACGGAUGGGGUUUAUCUCCCCGUGGAGCCGGCUUCCUCUUCGGCGCCGACAUUGUAAAAUGCUUCAACUACAAGAACGACCUCAGCCUCAUUGCGCGCGCACAUCAGCUAGUCAUGGAAGGUUUCAAGGAGAUGUUCGACUCGACCAUUGUAACCGUCUGGUCCGCGCCCAACUACUGCUACCGCUGCGGCAACGUCGCCGCCAUCCUCGAGCUGGGUGAAGAUGGCUCUAACGCAGGCUAUCAACGGCGCAGCAAUGGCGACCGUGGAGGUGGGGGUGGAGGCUGGAUCCUAGGCUCGAACGCCGGACCCAACGGCGUUAACGACGAGAAUAGACGCCUAUCCUCCGUCCUGGGAGAGAGCAUGCAGAAGCCGCGUGACGGGCCGGGCCGACGAUACAGGGUGUUUGAAGCGGCGCCGCAAGACUCGCGAGGCAUGCCAGCUAAGAAACCAGUUGCGGACUACUUCCUCUAG